UCCUGCAUUUCGUCGACAAGGAUGGAACACCAUGCUACCGAGGUGAAGCAGACACCAGAUCAAGUUGGGGAUCAGAGCCAGGCCGCCCAGAAGAUCGGGACGAAGAAGGCUGAGCUGAAACCCAGUGAGGCAAAGAAGCUCAUCGAGUUCAUGGAAAAGAAUUACCAGGAGCGUGUCGCGAAGGUUCAGUCCUUCGACGAGUUCUACCACGCCAUCUUCGAGCUCAUGGAAUUGUUCUGCGAGGAACGUGGGCAGGUGCAGUACAGGAUUCCAGACAAAGAGAAACUUCAGCAGGCAUACAUAAGACACCACAAGACGGCGGGCGAGCUGAAGAAGGACGAGUUCGUGAAGAUCAGCAAGGAGAUGGUCGGGCUGGACAGCUUCAGCUUCGGCAAGGCGGCCACGGAGUUCCUGCUGCUGCUCUUCGGCGCCCCGUUCUGCGCGCUGGUGGUGAAGAGGGUCCUGCCGGGCCUCCGCGGGCUCUCCGACGACAUCGUCAUCCCGCUCGCCACCUCCGGCUCCGUCGCCUACCUCGUCCACACCAAGAAGCUCUGAACGAAACUGUGACAGAGAAAAUAAAAAGUUGGACCCCGUACUUCCGUGCGUGGCCGCAUGAACAAAUACUAGAAUGGCAGUCCGACUCUGAGCAUGAUGGGUAGUUGGGUACCUGAAUAAUACAAAUACUCAACUAUAUUAAA